UGUGUGCGUGCGCAGGAGGGCGCGGCAGACAGAGGCUGCCACUGGCUCCCGAUGGGCUCUGCCAGCCCCUGGCCUCGCUGGAGACACGGAGUGGGGUGCUGUGUGGGGAAACCAUGAAGAUUAACCAGAACACCGUGCUGCAGGGACAGAGGGUGACCCUGGUGCCAUACACUGCUGCACAUGUGCCCCGGUACCAUGAGUGGAUGCAGUCAGAGGAGCUGCAGCACCUGACUGCCUCUGAGCCCCUCAGCCUGGAGCAGGAGUACGAGAUGCAGCGCAGCUGGCGGGAGGACACAGACAAGUGCACCUUCAUCGUGCUGGAUGCAGAGCGGUGGCAUGGGCAGACGUGUGGGGAUGAGCACUGCAUGGUGGGAGAUGUGAACCUCUUCCUCACUGACACAGAGGAUCCAACCUUGGGAGAGAUUGAAAUUAUGAUUGCAGAGCCCAGCUACCGAGGCAGAGGGUUUGGGAAGGAGGCAACUCUCAUGAUGAUGUCCUAUGGAGUGAAAAAGCUGGGGAUCACUAAGUUUGAGGCAAAGAUUGGUCAGGAAAACGAAGCCAGUAUCUGCAUGUUCAAAAAGCUUCAUUUUAAGGAGGUUGCUGUGAACAACGUUUUCCAAGAGGUGACACUGAGGCUGGAUGUCAGUGACCAGGAGAAACAGUGGCUCCUGGAGCAGACAAAGCACGUGGAGGAGAAGAGUUACCUUGAAGUGAAGCUGCCAGCUGGGGCGCUGGAGACCUGACAGACACAUCCAGACACAGCCCUGGUUUUCUGGGUGUGGAGGACACCACUGAGUCAGCAAUGAGCUUGGCUCUUCUCAUCUGUCUCCUUUGGUUACUCUGUCAUUGUGUCAACUUUACACCUUGUUGCAGCAGCCAGGAAUACUGCCUGAAAUUUGUACCUGGAGAAGAGCCACUAAUAAUUCACAGGCUUGACUAGGAAUCACUGUAACUGUGACAUGCUGUUCCAGCAGAGCUUAAAAUCAUCAGCAGUUGAUCCUGAUGCUGCCACUUUCUGGACAAGGAGCACCCACAGUUCCUUCUUCCCCUGCCUUAGAGCCGGAUUCAUCAGUUCUACAGAGCCAGUUCUCAGCAUGCUCGUGGCUUAGGAUGUUUUCUCUUGAAUAAAAAACUUGGCCAAGA